AGCAAUUCAGCUGGUGUGUGUGAUUGGGGGGGGAUGCAGGUUCCUCUCUCUCUCUCUCUCUCUCUCUCUGGAGUUGUAGCUGAAUGACUGAGUUUGAUUUAAGAGGCUGAUUUAAAUAAUCCAAGCCCAUUGCUGCCCUAAUUGGCCGAGUGGAGUGGGGGGAAUAUUCCUUAGGAGGGCUGAGUGGAGGCGAUUGGCUAAAAUCCAUUGCUUUGCCGUAAUGAAGGGUGGUCUUGUGUUGUCACCAGGACCUGUCAGCUUUCCCCUUCGCUUCUGUAUAGUGAAAUAGAAAAAGGACCAGCUAUUCCCUGUGAGCAAAGCCUCAAUUCACACACACUAUCAGCUCCCGCCCGCUGCUCCAUGUCUCCCUGAGGACCGGCUGCUGCUGCAUUGCCCACUUGUGUGAAGAGCAGGGGGAUCAUCAUUGCUCCUGUGCAAGGGGAUUCCUUCAUGGCAUGAGCUUUUUGUUUUUAUCUGCUCCUCUCUCGUUGUCAAUAAGGGAUUGUGGCCACCAAGGUGUUUUUUGUCCCAUGUCACCAGCAGCCUUUUCUCUAGUGGUGCCCCCAGGACCAAAACUUUGGAACUGAGCCGCUUCGGAGAGAUGCUGUAGCUGCAUUCGGGACCUGCACUGAAAUUUCAAGCCUUUGUUGAAGGGAUAAUUUUACUCUCAGAGGAUAAGCGGAGAGUUUAUUUCAAGAUAUACUGAAUAUAUAUUUGCGUCUAUUGGAAAUGGCUAUCACAGUCAGAGUCUUGUUGUUUCUCUGUUUCAUGGCUUCUCAGGUUGCGUCAAUGCAUCCUUACUGCAUAAUUAAGAAAGAGGAAGAAGCCUGUUUAGAAAAAAUUCAAAGAUUUGAAAUCGAAAUGUGGAACGACACACAGCUUGGAUGCCCAGGCAUGUGGGAUAACAUUACUUGUUGGAUGCCCACCGAAGUGGGAAAAGAAGCGUCUGUCCGAUGCCCUGCGCUGUUCAGCAUGCUUGGCUCAGAAGAUGAAAUGGACUUUGUUGAUCGAAGCCUAGGUUGGUCUCCAGAGAACCUUGAGGAGCAACAGUCAGAGGGAAUAAUCACCAGGAAUUGCACAGAAAAUGGCUGGUCAGAACCUUUCCCUCAUUACUCUGAUGCCUGUGACUUUGAUAUCAAUGAAACAGGACCAGACCAGGAUACAUACUACCUAUCUGUCAAAGCUCUCUACACCGUGGGGUACAGCACAUCCCUUGUGGCUCUUACAACCGCAAUGGUAAUUCUCUGCCGAUUCAGAAAGCUUCACUGCACGAGAAACUUCAUCCACAUGAACCUAUUCGUCUCAUUCAUUCUACGGGCGAUAUCCGUCUUUAUUAAGGAUGAAGUGCUCUACGCCGAGCAAGACAACAACCACUGUCAUCUUUCAACUGUGGAAUGCAAAGUUGUGAUGGUGUUUUUCCACUACUGUGUCAUGUCCAACUACUUCUGGCUUUUUAUUGAAGGGCUUUAUCUCUUUACGCUCCUCGUAGAGACGUUCUUUCCAGAAAGGAGAUACUUUUAUUGGUACACCAUAAUUGGGUGGGGCACUCCACUGAUUUGUGUGACAAUAUGGGCUGUUCUGAGACUUCACUUUGAUAAUCUGGGAUGCUGGGACACAAACAAUAACACUGCUCUUUGGUGGGUGAUUAAGGGUCCUGUUAUUGGAUCAAUAAUGAUAAACUUUGUGCUAUUUGUGGGCAUCAUCAUCAUUCUUGUUCAAAAGCUUCAGUCCCCUGACAUCGGAGGCAACGAGUCCAGUAUAUAUUUCUGCUUUCAGAAAUGCUUCUGUAAGACUAAGAGGGCUAGGGAGCACUCUUUCAAGAUGUCAGAACUUUCCAUCAUUACACUGAGGUUGGCUCGCUCUACCUUGCUGCUCAUCCCACUCUUUGGAAUUCAUUAUACCGUAUUCGCCUUUUCCCCUGAAAAUGUCAGCAAACGAGAAAGACUUGUGUUUGAGCUGGGUCUUGGGUCAUUCCAGGGUUUUGUUGUGGCAAUUCUGUAUUGCUUCUUGAAUGGAGAGUUUCUCCCUAAAGGUGCAAUCAGAAAUAAAGAGGAAAUGGAGGAGUUGGAAAGUCAACCGGUAUUUUGCUGUGGAUUUCAAACAUCGUCAUCCGUCUCUGGCGAGCAGCGGAGUGAACGGGGGGACGCAACUGUCCAUUCUGAGCAAGAGCAGUUCGCAGAUUCGGAUGUCCAGCAUAAAUGCAGAGAACCUGGGGACAUGAGCCCUCAAACUGUCUAACCACAUCCAAAUAUUGAGUUCAGUUUUUAUUUACCUUUUCUUUAAUUUUUAACAUUUUACUUUUCAUUCCAAACGACACAACAAGCAGUAGGGAAAAAUGGACAACCGAAUGCAGAGAAGCUGAGGUGUAGAAAAGUAAAAAUGUUUGUAAAGGAGAACAGGGCAUUUAUUUCCACAAAGGAGUCAUUCGGUGCCACUCAUUCCCAUACCUCCAUUGCUGUGUGGUUGGUAGUCAGCCAUCAUUUCUCUGGUAGUCACAAAAUGGCUGACUGGUCUAAAAUCACUGUAAAUAUACCUACUCCUCUUCAAGUCCAUAGGCACAGUCACUGGAGAGAAGGUUAUGUGCCAUUACAAAGAGUGGUCAUCACUAGACAUGUAUUAUUGCUUGGUAGAAGAAUAAUGUGCAAAAAAAAAAAAAUGUGCCAUUUGUUUGCAUAGUCUUUCUAUAUGUGGCAAUGUGUAGUAGAUAUUUUAUUAUUAGGGAAGGACUUUUUUAUUUCUACUUUGUAAAUAAAAUGAAAAAUGUGAAGUAAGUGACUUAACAUAGAACAUGCAUAGAUUGCACUCAUUACUUUAGUGGAUGCAGGGUCAUAAACAUGUUAUGUUAGAUACAGGUACGGGAUCUAUUAUGCAGAAAGCUCGGGACCUGGGGGUUUUUGAGAUUAUGUUGAGUGCCACACCACGCCUUAAAUGGACAUAUUUUUACAGAAGAAAAAGUAAACCAACCAAAAUCUAAGAAUUAUUUGUUUGGGAAACGGUAUUGCUGUAUUUCUGGAUGACAGCUUUCCAGAUAAUAGAUUCCCAUACCUGUAGUCUUAAUAUAUAUUUAAUGUUGAUGUUCUGGUACUACUAUAAGAUAGCCUCAAACCAGCCUGUAGCCCCAAACUGUCUUCAUAUGAUGGAAGUUAUUUCCUUCAACAGCUCUAGAGAUACAAGUGGAUAAGCAAAUCAUAGUUAUCUCCUCCAACAGCUUGAGGGACACAAGGAAGACAAUUCAAAUGUAGCUAUCUCCUCCGCCAGCUUGAGAGAUACAAAGUGGACAAUCCAAUUGUAGUUAUAUCCUCCACCAGCUUUAGGGAUACAAGGUGGACAAUUCAAAUGUAGAUUUCUCCUCCACCAGUUUAAGGGAUACAAGGUGGACAAUCCAAGUGUAGUUAUAUGCUCCACCAGCUUGAGGGAGACAAGGUGGACAACUCAAAUGUAGCUUUCUCCUCCACAAGUUUAAGGGAUAAAAGGUGGACAAUCCAAUUGUAGUUAUAUCCUCCACCAUCUUGAGGGAUACAAGGUGGACAAUUCAAAUUUAGAUUUCUCCUCCACCAGUUUAAGGGAUACAAGGUGGACAAUCCAAGUGUAGUUAUAUGCUCCACCAGCUUGAGGGACACAAGGUGGACAACUCAAAUGUAGUUUUCUCCUCCACAAGUUUAAGGGAUACAAUGUGGACAAUCCAAUUGUAGUUAUAUCCUCCACCAGCUUGAGGGAUACAAGGUGGACAAUCCAAGUGUAGUUAUAUGCUCCACCAGCUUGAGGGACACAAGGUGGACAACUCAAAUGUAGUUUUCUCCUCCACAAGUUUAAGGGAUACAAUGGGGACAAUCCAAUUGUAGUUAUAUCCUCCACCAGCUUGAGGGAUACAAGGUGGACAAUUCAAAUUUAGAUUUCUCCUCCACCAGUUUAAGGGAUACAAGGUGGACAAUCCAAGUGUAGUUAUAUGCUCCACCAGCUUGAGGGACACAAGGUGGACAACUCAAAUGUAGUUUUCUCCUCCACAAGUUUAAGGGAUACAAUGUGGACAAUCCAAUUGUAGUUAUAUCCUCCACCAGCUUGAGGGAUACAAGGUGGACAAUCCAAGUGUAGUUAUAUGCUCCACCAGUUUGAGGGAUACAAGGUGGACAACUCAAAUGUAGUUUUCUCCUCCACAAGUUUAAGGGAUACAAUGUGGAUAAUCCAAUUGUAGUUAUAUCCUCCACCAGCUUGAGGGAUACAAGGUGGACAAUUCAAAUGUAGUUAUCUCCUACAACAGCUUGAGGGAUACACAAGGUGGACAAUCCAAACUUUCCACCAUAUCGUCACGAAGAUCUCAUGGACAAUAUUAAGGCACCAGCCUUCGCAGAUUUAUAUUGGGAUAAUGGAGCAUGUCACAAACAGAAAAAAACUAUAUUACCAGUUAAUAUUUUUUCACAGAUAUAACAAAUAAGACGGAGAUGCCUAUUUUCUGACAGUUCUAUAACUUUGCCAAGUUAUUUAGCCGGUACAUAUUUUCUUAUGUCAAACUGCUAUGAUGUCAAUGUAUCUUUUAGAACACUUUAUACAAUGCAGAAAUGAAAUUUUCACAAUAGCCUAGUUUUAACUUCAGACACAGAAUCACAAAAGAAAGAAAACUGGAUACAUCUAUAUAUUAAUAUAUAUAUAUUUUAGUUUAUUUUUAAUGAGAAUUUAACACAGUGAUCUAGAAUAUUGACAUUUUACGAAGUAUCUGCAAGUCAGUGGGUGGUGCGUUAAAUGGUAUGUGCUCUUUGUUCCUUGAAUGUAAAACAUUAAAAAAUACUCAUCGCUGUAUUUUUGUACAUGUGAAGGGACCAAGGCAACUCAAGAAGGAAUUUUGAAAAUGUAUAUAAAGUGGAAUGUAAAGAGUCGUCAUUUGCAUUCUGACUGGGAGUUAAAGGGAUUGUGAUAAGUAUUGUGCCAUAACAUAUGUUACUGAGCCAUUUCGAUUGUAGUAAUAUUUUAUGUGUUAUAAAUACUUUUUUUGGCUGUUUUAUUGUACUAUAUAUUAUGUGUAAUGCUAAUCUUGUGGCUAUGUUUUUGUACAUGUUAUCGGAUAACUGACAUUUUUUUUCCUUGAAAAUGACUUCGGAGUUUAGUAAAAAUAAUAACAACA